CAGUAUCUGUGACCAAAUUUAAACACGUCAGUCCUCCACGCAGUUCACCUCCCACGCAGGACGGUCCCCGACAGGUACCGCCGCGUUAUUCUGUGAGCAGUUUCGUGUAAUUAGUUAGCGGUGUUUCCGAGGAGCACUGAUUUCAUCUCUCGAAAAAAGACCUCCAGGGAUGGAAUCGAUUCCCAGCCAGCUUCCAGCAGGACGAGAUUCCAGCUCUUCCCCGAACUCCAAGCAGGACCUGCAGCCCUUCUCCUCCGGCUCCAGCUCCCUGAAGCCGAACCAGGUCAGCGAGACGGCGCUGUACGGGGUGCCCAUCGUCUCCUUAGUCAUCGACGGCCAGGAGAGGCUCUGCCUGGCGCAGAUCUCCAACACCUUACUCAAGAACUACAGCUACAACGAGAUCCACAACCGGCGCGUGGCGCUCGGCAUCACGUGCGUGCAGUGCACACCGGUGCAGCUCGAGAUCCUGCGGCGCGCGGGGGCCAUGCCCAUAUCGUCGCGGCGCUGUGGCAUGAUCACGAAGCGCGAGGCCGAGCGCCUCUGCAAGUCCUUCCUCGGGGCGCACAACCCGCCGAAGCUGCCCGAGAACUUUGCGUUCGACGUGUCCCACGAGUGCGCGUGGGGGAGCCGCGGCAGCUUCAUACCCGCGCGGUACAACAGCUCGAGAGCCAAGUGCAUCAAGUGCUCGUACUGCAACAUGUACUUCUCGCCCAACAAGUUCAUCUUCCACUCGCACCGCACCCCCGAGUCGAAAUACACGCAGCCGGACGCGGCAAACUUCAACUCGUGGAGGCGCCACCUCAAGCUGACGGACAAAAGCGUGUCGGAGGACGUGGCCCACGCGUGGGAGGACGUGAAGGCCAUGUUCAAUGGGGGGAGCCGGAAAAGGACGCUGCCGAUGAGCGCCUCCGAGCGGUCCUCCCCCCUCAAGCAGCAGAGCUCCGCCGGCGCUGCCCUCCCCCAGACGAGCUCGCCCGAGGUCCCACACAAAAGCCUGCGCUGCGAGGAAGAGCGUGGCAGCGCCGUGGGGCUUCCGAGCGGCGUGCGCAGCUACCCGGUCAUCCCGGUGCCGAGCAAGGGCUUCGGGAUGCUGCAGAAGAUCCCCCCGCCCCUCUUCCCCCACCCGUACGGAUUCCCAGCCUUCGGACUGUGCCAGAAGAAGGACGAGUCCGUGGGACUAGUCGGGGAGCAGAGCAAGAACAAUCUGUCGGGUGUGUUCUGGCCCGGCGCGAAGGACAGCGUGUACCCGUCCUUCCCCAUGUUCUGGCCUGCUGCUGCGGGGGGGCUCCCCAUUCCCCCGCCGUACCCGCCGCAGUCGCAGCCCAAACCCCCCACGGAGCUGCUGGGCGUCAGGCCGCAGGGUGAGCCGGCGGACAUGUCUGAGCAAAGCGAUGGGAGCACCAACACGCCGAAGGACAGCCUUCUGGACAGCGAGCGCUGCUCCAGCACCCACUCCGCCAGGAACGAGGAGGACAAGUCCGGGGACGAGACCAGAUCCACGGAAGGGGUGCCCAUCGCCCACAGGAAGAUGAGCUACAUCUCUGCCUUCAGACCCGUUGUCAAGGACGCCGAGAGCAUCGCCAAACUGUACGGCAACAGGGAGGCGUACAGCGGAGGCCCCACCGGCUAUGUGUCUCCAGAUUUCAUGAGCGAGAGCUCCAGCUACAGGUCCGUGUCCCCAGACGUGGACAGCGUGGAGGAGGAGCCCGAUGUGGACGUGGAGUCCAACAGGGCGCCGGAAGACGACGAGUCUCUGCAGCUCUCAGUGGAGGACCGCCAGAGCCCCCCAGAUUUGCUCAUGGCUCAGGCUGGCGCGGAAAAGAGCCAGGAGGAGGCUGGGAACGAACCUCUGGCUGCGCUGGAGGAGCCCCAGAGAGGGACCUUCGCCGCGGACGAGGAGCACCACAAGGAAGCGGCGUCGGAGAGCGGAGACCACCCGGCGCUGUACGGGGUGUACGCACGUGAAAGGGAUGAUCACAUGGCCCCGAAUGGCCCAGCUAAUUUUGGAGCAACCAGCAAUUAUCCGUGCGGCCCACUGGACUCAAACGACUCUCUUAAAGAAGACAUCGCCUCUGCGCCAAAAGAAGCGGAGCUGAAGAAAAGUUAUGAGGAUCGAGGAAGCGGGUCCAAGGAAAGUCCUAGAGAAGCAGCAGCGGGUGAGGAGGUGGUGCGCGCUGAUGUCAACAGAGUAAUACUCGUGGAGAAAGAUAUAGAAAACAUGGCAAAAGAUGAAUUGCAGAGACAGCUUGUGGAACAGGUGGAACUCAGAAAAAAGCUGGAACGAGAAUUCCAGAGUCUGAAAGACAAUUUCCAGGACCAGAUGAAGAGAGAGCUCUCCUACAGGGAGGAGAUGGUGCAGCAGCUGCAGAUCGUCCGAGACACUUUAUGCAGCGAGUUGGACCAAGAGAGGAAGGCUCGCUAUGCAAUACAGCAGAAACUUAAAGAAGCUCACGACGCGCUACACCAUUUCUCGUGCAAGAUGCUCACCCCGCGCCACUGCACGGGCACGUGCUCCUUCAAGCCCCCCCUGCUGCCGCCGUAGCGCGCGGAGCAGCAGCGCGCACCCCCAGCAGCGACGCGCACGCGACAGCACAGUUAGCGAGCCGCUCCGGCGGCCGGAGCUCCUCCUUCCCCGGCGACGCGGACGACGAGCAGCGACGGACGAAGCCCCGUGUUUCCGCGCCCGUGUGGCCGCUGCUCGUAUGACUCUGACGCACGUUGAUUGAUUCAUUAGCGGACAGUCACAGGAAAGACGCAGGUAGCGCACAUCCACACCCCCGAACCAAACGACUCCCUCCGCUAGAUUAUUAUUAUAAUAAUGAUCCAUGAUUCAGCGAGUGCAGGCGGAAUUUCCCGGCUCGUUCAUUGUAUCUACUGUAGAUUGUUAAUAUAAAGUUUUAAACUUCUUGAGCCCCUUCUGGAGGAUUUUGUACCACCCUCUGGAAAGAUAUGACCAUCUUUAGAUACUACUACUGCUGGC